AUGGACCAAACACGGCGGCAGCGGAGGGAGACGAGCGCCGCGGAGGCCACCAAAGCUGCGUACUGGGAGGAUGGACAGCGGGGCACCAUCCGGGCAGUCACACCUGAGGCCACUUCGGACGACAUCUCCACGUAUGCCUCGUCGCCGCCCCAGUCCCCGCGCUCGCACGACAGCCAGCCCUCGCGCACCAAUGCGAAUCCCAACACCAACAACGCGAACAACCCGCGGAACUUUGUAGCCCGCGCAAACUCGUCGGACCCAGACUACGCCCACCGCAAUGGCGGCCGCGAGCAGAUCAGGCCGCGAGGGCGCACGCUCGAGGAGAAGGGCACGCGCGACCGCUCCCCGCCAAACUCGUUUGUCACGGGACGCCAUCGCAUAGGCUCCGUCGCCAGCACCUCGUCCAACUUCCAGAGCCUCCAGGAGUCGGUUGUGACGUCCAUCGGCCACCCGUCCACCAUCUCCCCGACGACUCACGUGCCGCCGCGCACCGCCAGCAGCAACACCCGCGGUCGCCUCGCGAAGCAGACCCCGCGCGCUACCUCGCCCUCCGGUUCGCCCUCGAAUGGCCCGCCCGAGUCGUGGGUGUCGCCCGUGCCGGCGUCUGAUGCCAGGAAGCUCAAGGCUCUCAUGCGCCAGACAGUCGGGAAGAUGCAAGGGCUGCUAGCUUUCAGAAGAGGGGAGGCGAAUCCGUGGGCGCUCUCAUUCUGCUACAUCAACGACGAGACCGGCAGCCUGGUCUACGAACCCAAGAACGACACAACCUAUACGCGCACUCUGAUCCCAGAUCUGCGCGGGUGUCGCGUAAAGAGCGCAUACGACGGCGAGGCAUACACAGCAUACAUUCACGUAACGGUACACAACUCGAAGCUGGAAGUGCACUUGCGACCCCCGACCCAGGAUGAGUUCGACUCGUGGUUUGCUGCGCUGUUAUGUUGGUCGCCCAUGCGGCCCAAGGGAAUACAAAACAGAAUGGCCAAACCGCAGCCCCCGGCUUUGAUGGAGCGAAGAUUGGCCGACAGCAGACGACACUCUGAAGUUUCCUUGCUGAAAGACUCACCGAAGAAGGAAGCCCCGAUCAUUAAAGUCGGCAAAAUGAUAUACUGGGACACGAGUGUGACGUACAGCAGCAAUACCGGGACACCAAAAGCCUCGACUUCCGGGUCCGGAUCUAGGCCGCAGGCUUAUCGAGUGCAAAGCCAUGGAUCCCGGCGGUGGAGAAGAGUGUCCUGCACUCUGCGCGAGAAUGGAGAACUCAAGCUCUACUCUGACACAGACGUAACGCUGGUUUCGACCAUUCAGCUCUCUCAGCUUUCGCGAUGUGCUGUUCAACGGCUUGAUGCCUCUGUUCUGGAUAACGAAUUUUGCAUUGCCAUAUACCCGCAGUAUACCGCCACGUCUUCUGCACUAACGUUGUUACGGCCAAUCUUUCUGUCACUGGAAUCACGGGUUUUGUACGAGGUCUGGAUCGUUUUACUGCGAGCAUUCACCGUCCCACAGCUGUAUGGACCGAAACUGGACACAUUAGCCGAGGAUGGAACACUUUCGCCCUCCUUUGGAACGCAAGACAUGUUCAGGAUGGAGAAGUCGCUUUUCAUACGGGUGAUCGAGGCGAGACUAAUACCACCAGUGAGCCCCAAGGUUGCCGAGAAUGUGACGCCCAUCAGACCUUCUUCAUCUGCGACAACGAACCCUGGAGGGUACCUUGUAGAAGUCCUUCUAGAUGGUGAGACUCGUGCGCGGACGAUGGCAAAGAACGAGGGAACUACUCCGUUCUGGAGAGAAGAGUUUGAGUUUCUGGACCUUCCUGCUCUUCACACUGCUUCUUUAUUGCUCAAAAAGCGUCCCCCAAGCUACUCGCGCACAGAGAAGAAUGUCUUCGAAACCGUGACAGGCUCUGACCCUUAUGCAGCAGAAGGCGGCUACGCAGGCAUUAGUUUCGACCAGACAGUCGGUAAGACGGAUAUCUAUCUGGACGAUCUCGGCCCGAAUCAAGAGACGGAAAAGUGGUGGCCACUUGUAAAUAUGUAUGGCAACAGUGUCGGCGAGGUGCUUGUCAAAGUCAGCAGCGAAGAGUGCGCGAUUCUUAUGGCUCGCGACUACUACCCACUUUCGGAGCUACUGCACCGCUUCUCCAACAGUCUCACUCUCCAGAUCGCGCAGAUGAACACGAACGAUCUUAAGAAAUUAUCUGAAUACUUGUUGAAUAUUUUCCAAGUUUCAGGCGCAGCUGGAGAAUGGCUUUGUGCGCUGGUAGAGGAAGAAAUCGACGGUACACUGAAGGAAUCACCGGCCAGUCGUCUUCGGUUCAGCAAAAGGCUUGGGUCGAGUGAAUCAAGCGAAUCAACCCUUGGAACAUUUGUCUCGGCGAGCGACCGCGAACUCUUUGUCCGAGACAUGGGCAACAAUGCGAAACUCGAAGCCAAUCUCCUCUUCCGCGGCAAUACUCUGCUGACCAAGUCACUGGACCUCCACAUGAAGCGUUUGGGCAAGGAAUACCUCGAAGAGACUCUCAGCGAGAAACUGAAGGAGAUCAACGAAAAGGAUCCGGAAUGCGAAGUAGACCCAAACAAGGUCACCUCACAACAUGAGCUGGACCGUAACUGGAGGCGCUUGAUCAACUGCACGGAAGAAGUCUGGCGAGCCAUCUACAACUCCAUUUCGCGAUGUCCUCAAGAGCUGCGUUUGAUUUUCCGACACAUCAGAGCAUGCGCUGAAGAUCGAUACGGCGACUAUCUGAGAACUGUGGCUUACAGCAGUGUCUCUGGGUUCUUGUUCCUGCGCUUCUUCGUUCCGGCAGUACUCAACCCGAAACUUUUUGGCUUACUAAAAGGACUUGCUAAUAUGUCCUCGUUCGGCACCAAAGAAGCAUGGAUGGAGCCAAUGAACACCUUCCUCACUUCUCAUCGCCUAGAGUUCAAGAAGUACUUGGACGACAUCUGCUCGGUAUCAACCGCUUCUUCUGCUGCUGUACCGAUACCGCCAUCGUACAGUACCCCGAUCGCCAUCUUACACCGACUUCCUCCAACUUUCAAAGAAGGCUUUCCUUCCCUACCGUAUUUGAUCGACCAUUCACGGAAUUUCGCUAUGUUGGUCAAUCUCUGGCUAGAGAACUCUGCGAAGUUUGCGCAUCACAUCGAAGCUGGGGACGGUGACUUGUUACGCUUCCACAACAUCUGCGUCUCCCUCAGCGAGCGGACGAAAGACUGUCUCAAUCGUGCGGAGCCAGCAGAGCGACCAUCGUCGUCACUAAGUGUAAAGUGGGAGGAACUUGUUGAACAACUACAAGGCUCGACUAUCGAAACUGGGCGUGGAGCAGCUACACGAAAUCGCAGUGCCAUUCGAGAGGAAGAGUAUGAGGGACCGCCCUUGUCUCCCAGCAAUGGUGAGGACGUCUCAUCUUCUAAUGCAAGCACGCCUAUCACCAUGAAGCCACCGCCAAAGACUCGGCAUCAACAGAAGGCUAGCAUAUCUGCGUCGCAGAGCUCCGUCAAGAGCACCACCUCUGCGACAGCCUCAUACAGCAAUCCUUUUGCUGCUAAACAGGCCCAAGGCCACAUACAAGGGCAGGGCUGGUCGAAUAACUACGCUCCAUCUCCGCUAGACUCUAACUCACAAUCUGCGUCCGCGUCUGCAAGCGCAUCCGUCUCCGCUGCGGAAGAAACACCUCCAGGAUCUAGCGACGGUCUCCACAUGGCACCUGCGCCCUCAUACCCACAGACGCUCUCACAUCCAGCAUCACAAAGCUCGUUCAAUUACUCAAAUCCGAAUGUGCACAUCAACAUGUCGAAUCAGGCGAACCGAUCUUCUAACACCAUUGGACCUCCACCCCGCACUGCAGGCGGCGUGAGUGUCGAAGGGUCCGAGGACGGGAGCGUUCUAGAAGAAGAGUACACAACCGCUCUCCCAGCAUGGUCUGAAAAGGAAAAGUCUGGCAAAGACAAGGAAAAGAAAGAACGCGGCCUCCGUGGCGUUCUACCCUUCCCACGAAAGCGCAAAGACAAGGACAGGGAUAAAGACAAGGACAAGGACAAAGAAAAGGACGAGAAGAAGUCAAAAGACAAGGAUAAAGACAAGGGCAAAGACCGUGACAGCGACCGCAGCACCGACCGCAACGGCAGAGAUCGCAGCGGCUCCGCACUCGGCGAGUACAGCGCCCUAGGCAGUAUACGCGGCAAAGUGUCGCACAGGGAUAGGCAUGGCAAGGAGGAUAGAGACGAGGAGUUCUGA